AUGAACUACGCCCGCUUCAUCACGGCCACCAGCGCGGCCAGGACGCCCUCCGCCAUCCGGAUCAUGAGUGAGAGCCGGGACCUCCUAUGGACCAGGGCACCAAAGUCGACCAUCUCCUUGGCUUCUGGAAUGCCAAAUCCAAACACGUUUCCCUUCAAAACGGCUGUUAUCACCAUAGAGAAUGGAAAGGACAUCCAGUUUGGAGAAGAGGUGAUGAAGCGAGCACUGCAGUAUUCUUCAAGUCCUGGAAUUCCAGAGCUUUUGUCCUGGCUGAAACAGUUACAAGUAAAAUUGCAUAAUCCUCCCACCAUCCAUUAUCCACCUAAUCAAGGACAGAUGGAUAUAUGUGUCACAAGUGGCAGCCAAGAAGGUCUUUGUAAGGUGUUUGAAAUGAUUAUUAACCCUGGAGAUAACGUCCUCCUAGAUGAACCUGUUUAUCCAGGAACACUUCAUGCUCUGCAGCCACUGGGAUGUAACAUUAUUAGUGUUGCCAGUGAUAAACAUGGGAUUAUUCCAGACUCCCUCAGAGACUCACUUUCCAAAUGGAAACCAGAAGAUUCGAAGAACCCCAAGAAAAACACCCCUAAGUUUCUUUAUACUGUCCCAAAUGGCAACAACCCUACUGGAUACUCCUUAUCAAGUGAUCGCAGAAAGGAAAUCUAUGAGCUUGCAAGAAAAUAUGACUUCCUCAUAAUAGAAGAUGACCCUUACUAUUUCCUCCAGUUUGACAAGUCCUGGGCACCAUCCUUUCUUUCCUUGGAUGUUGAUGGGCGUGUAAUCAGAGCCGACUCUUUCUCAAAAGUCCUCUCCGCUGGGUUGAGAAUAGGGUUUCUAACUGGUCCAAAACCCUUGAUAGAGAGAGUUGUUUUACACACACAAGUUUCGACACUGCACACCAGCACUUUUAGCCAGCUGAUGAUCUUACAGCUCCUACACCAGUGGGGAGAAGAGGGGUUCCUGGCUCAUGUGCACAGGGUCAUUGAAUUCUACAACAGCCAGAAGAAUGCAAUAUUGGCAGCUGCAGACAAGUGGCUAAGUGGUCUGGCAGAAUGGCAUGUUCCUGCUGCUGGAAUGUUCCUUUGGAUUAAACUUAAAGGUAUUGAGGAUGCAAAACGACUGAUUGAAGAAAAAGCCAUUAAGAGAGAGGUAUUAAUACUUCCUGGAAACUCUUUCUACACCAACAGCUCAUUGCCAAGCCCCUACUUGAGAGCAUCUUUUUCUUCAGCUUCUCCAGAACAGAUGGAUGUGGCCUUCCAGGUAUUAGCCCAAAUUGUAAAAGAAUCUUUAUGAAGAAGUCAAACUAAUCAUACUGCUCAUAGAUUCUUCCAAUAAAUUAUUUCUAUGUUUUGGCAGGAAGAAACAGUCUUGGUAUUAGACUUACAGAUUGGAUUUUCUCAAACAUGUCCUAUCUGUAAUGGUGCAACUAGACAAUUUUUAAAGUGCCUUUAAAUCUAUCGGAUUUCCAAAGUAUAUUUAUAAUACACUUUUGCAUUUUAAAAAAUUUUCAACCUGUAAAAUAUUAUUUUUAUCUCAGAUUUUAUUAUAAAGAACUUUGUAUCUGCUAUAUAAUUUCCCAUAGUUUUUUUGAGGCUAAAAUUCUACACUAAAUUGUUUCAAAAUUUUAAGGGAAUAGUUAAGUUCAAAAUGGUAUAUAAUGUUUACCUUUUCUGUUUUUAGGGAAAUUUAAUGAGAACUUGUUGCAAAUAUUGUUAUGAUUUGACCAUUACAAAUGAUUUGUAUUAAGAAUGCCACAGAUACAAUGUUAUGGCAAGAAAUCCCUUUAAAAUAAAAU